AUGAGUUUUGUGAAUAGUUCUGAUUUGCUCUUUGGGCCUGUAUCUCAGGCACGGUCCUUUGAUUUCACACUUUUCUUCGAAGAUACCAUACUUACUAUCGCUCCUGCGACACUAUUCUUAAUUGUUGCAACAACCAGAAUAUUAUGGCUUUCGGGUAAGCCGACCAAGGUUGCUACUUCUGUUAGCCGUUUGACAAAAAUUGUGCUGCUUACUGCAUUUGCGACAGUGCAGUCAACGAUUGUUAUUAUCAGAGCCCUCAAUUUUCAGGGAGCCACCACCGCUUCAGUGGCAGCUUCUACGCUUGACUUUGUUGCUGCUUGCAUCUUAUUUGUCCUUUCGAGCUUCGAGCACUUACGAUCAGUUGCUCCUUCCACAAUAAUCGGGCUAUACCUGGUUGUAUCGGUACCAUUUGACGCCGUUAGAUUGCGAACCCACUUCCUGCUUCAUUCUCAUGCUACCACGAAUCUUGCUGCAUUACUUUCGUUAUCUCUUGCCUUGAAAUGCAUCGUUUUAGUGACUGAGGCGAUCGAGAAGCGAAGUCUCUUACUGUGGCCCUACCAGGACUAUCCACCUGAAACCACUGGCAGUCUUUACAACAAGUCAGUCUUCUGGUGGAUCAACCCACUAUUGAAAGCUGGAUUUGGGAAAACUUUGGACGUGGAAGAUCUUUUCAAUCUGGAUAAAGACCUUGCCUCUAUCAAUAUCUCAACCAAAUUCAGUCAAAAAUGGGCCCGAGCGAAAUUCCGUGGUCGAAACACCUUGCUGUUGACAACUGGCCAUAUCCUCUUUUGGCAGGCUGUUAUGGCUACCUUGCCUCGAAUGAUAGAGUCCGCAGCUAGGUUCUCCCAACCGUUCCUGAACCGAACGACAAUCAACUACAUUGGGGACCGUGACAAUCAGCAAAGUUCUACCGCAUGGGGAAUAGUUGGCGCUUACUUUCUCGUGUUUCUUGUUCAAGGCCUUGCUUCAGCGACGUAUCGGCAUCUGCUCAAUCGCUGUGCGACUCAAGUUCGUGGUGGACUCGUCGCACUUAUCUAUCAGAAAACUCUUGACCUUCGCAUAGGAGCGACUGACCCGACCGCCUCGCUGACAUUGAUGUCAUCGGAUAUUCAGAGACUGGUCGAGACGAUUCCUCUGAUCCACGAUGUUUGGCUAGGUUUCAUCGAUGUCUGUAUAGGCAUGUUCUUACUAUAUCUGGAACUCGGCUCCGCAUGUUAUGCUCCGGCUAUCGUGUGUGUUUUGCAAGUCAUAGGCACGGGCUGGGUCACCAGAGUCAUUUCACAGUAUCAGAAACGUUGGCUGGAGGCCAUCCAGACUCGUGUUAGUUUUACUUCUGCUUUACUUCACUCGAUCAGGAACAUCAAACUUUUGGGAUUGUCGGCGACCAUUAGAGAGCGAACACAAGGCUUGAGAGUUGAUGAGAUUGAGGCUUGCAAACGCUACCGCGUGAUGAACAAUUUCAUUAUUGUCUUCCAGAACUCCACUGGAGUAUUCGCACCAUUCGCAACAUUUCUACUUUACUAUCUUCAAGCCAGGGCUUCUGGUCGUCCUCUUGAUCUGGCAACAUCUUUCAGCAUCCUCACAAUAUUACGUCUUGUCGAAACCCCUCUGAAUACAUUGUGCUAUGCCACUCCGCAUAUAGCGUCCUCGAUAGCAUGCUUCCAUCGCAUUCAGGAAUACCUUGUCGCAGAGCAGUGGCACGACUCUCGUCUAACAUUGGGCUCUGCCCAGACCACGAAUGAAGACCAGGAGAGUGUCAUGGCAGGUCAGGAAUCUAUUGAAAUGAGAAGCUUGGGCGGUAGAAGCCUUGCCAUCACCCAGGAAGCCGUCGUACUCAAGGAUUGUUCCUUUGCAUGGAACUAUGGCCAAGACAUCCUCAAAGAUCUCGAUUUAACGAUAUGCCAUGGGCAAAUCGUCAUGGUGAUUGGGCCAGUUGGCUCGGGAAAAUCGACAUUGAUCAAGGGUAUGCUGAGCGAAACACUUAUGACCCAAGGAUUCUUGUAUCUGCGAACUAAGUAUAUCUCAUUCGCGGAUCAAGAAGCCUGGAUACAAAAUGGAACAAUUAGGGAUGCAAUCCGUGGUCCAAGAUCAUGGGAAGAGGAGCGUCUUGAUGACCAAUGGUACCAAGAGAUCCUUAUGUCAUGUGCAUUGCUCGAAGACUUGAAAGCUUUUCCCAAGUCCGAUAUGACCAUUCUUGGUUCAAAGGGCAUUUCAUUGAGUGGUGGACAAAAGCAACGAAUCGCCCUGGCAAGAGCACUAUAUUCGAAGCCAGACAUCCUAAUGCUUGAUGAUGUUUUCUCCGGACUGGACAAUGAAACAGAAGACCAUAUCUUUAGGAACGUGUUUAGCCGCUCGGGGCUUGUGCGACGACAAAAUAUGACUGUCAUAAUGGUCACUCAUGCCGCUCACAAAUUACAAUACGCCGACCUCAUCGUAAGUCUGAGUAGUGAUGGUCGAAUUGCAGAGCAGGGGAACUACGUUAGCCUCGCCAACAGUGGCGGUUAUGUCGAAAGCCUGAACAUUGAAUUGAAGCAAGAGAGACACAAUACUGAUCAGACGGACCACAUCGAAGAUGUCAACCUGAUCAAGGCUGAUAGAACUGCUGGAAUAUCAGCUUCACAGGCCAAUGAGAACGCCGCAAAACGAGAUCUUUUUCGCCGAACAGGUGAUUGGACUGCUUAUAAGUAUUGGUUCAAGUCAGCUGGCUAUCUUUCAAGCAUAUUAUCUUUUGUUGAAGCUUCAGUCUGGAUGGGGGCGGUCCAGACGCCCGGCGUACUUAUCAAGGUAUUUUCUGAGGGAACCACUUUGGACACAAGUGCGUCAUCUUCACGAUCAACUACCUUUAUCGUGGUCUUUGGCGUGACAACGGCAGUCGCUGCUUUGUCCCUCGUUCUCAUCGCCUGGCAAAUCUUCCUUGACAUGGUUCCGCGCAGUUCCAGGAACCUGCAUCUGAACCUGCUUCGAACAGUUCUGGAUGCCCCCUUGUCAUUUUUCACACGUACAGAUACUGGGGAUAUCACAAACCGCUUCAGCCAAGAUAUGGGUUUGAUCGAUGCUGAUUUGCCAUUUUCCUAUGCGGACUUUGUAUUAUCUCUUGUUUCCUGCAUUGCAGGACUUGGCCUUAUGUCGGCGUCUGGUUCCGGCUAUUUUGCCGCCAUCAUUCCAAUCCUUCUUUUUGUACUAUACUUGGUUCAAAGAUAUUAUCUGCGCACUAGUCGACAAAUGAGACUUCUAGACUUGGAACAAAAAGCACCUCUCUAUACAAUGUUUGCCGAGACGUCGUCCGGAAUUUCGACUAUCCGGGCAUUUGGUUGGACCGAAAAAUUUGUCGAGAGAAAUUUGGUGUUGCUUGACAGAAGCCAACGCCCAUUUUAUCUCAUGAUGUGCAUACAGAGGUGGCUGGCCUUGGUGCUUGACAUGAUAGUUGUGGUACUUGUUACUGUGCUACUAGUUGUUAUUAUGUCACAGAGGUCCUCGAUUCAACCAGGACUUGCUGGUAUUGGCUUGCUGAGUACGGUCGGUCUGAGCUCCAGCUUAACCAAUCUAGUCAGAAUGUGGUCAGCUUUGGAGACAAGUAUUGGCGCCAUCAGUCGGCUUAGAGAAUUCUUGCAGACAACCGAGUCGGAGCAUGAUGAUCAAGAACUUAUGGCUGUCCGUCCUGGUUGGCCCGAGAACGGGGAGGUUGUUUUCCACUCAUUUGACGCCAGCUAUGCGAAGGAUUCGGAUCUUGUCUUGAAGGAUAUAAGCCUCAAAAUUCGACUAGGGGAGAAAGUCGGCAUUUGCGGCAGGUCAGGGAGUGGGAAAAGCUCAAUGCUCGCCAGUCUCUUCCACCUCCUGGAAUUUCGUAGUGGUCAGGUCAGGAUUGAUGGCGUGGACCUGGCGACCCUCCCUCGUGAAAUACUGCGCUCAAAGCUGAAUGUCAUUCCACAGGAACCGUGGUGGAUCACGACCGAAACCGUCCGCUUCAAUAUGGAUCCUUGGAAAGAUCAAUCAACCAACGACCUCAGUCACUCCACUGGUCGAGACGAGGCUUUCGUCUCUGCGCUCUCUCAAUGUCAAGUAUGGCAGGCCAUUCAAGCCAAAGGGGGGCUUGAUGCAAUCAUGACAUCAGAUUUUCUCAGUCAUGGUCAACGUCAACUUUUCUGCUUAGCCAGAGCACUAUUGCGUCAAAGCAAAGUUGUAAUCCUGGAUGAAGUGAGCGCUAACGUGGAUGUUAAGACAGAUGAGUUGAUGCAGCAAGUGAUCAGAAACCACUUUGAAAAUUGUACGAUUAUUGCAGUUGCCCAUCGGCUGAAUACGAUCGAGGACAGUGAUCGAGUCGUGGUACUCAGCCAGGGAAGGAUUGUUGAAGUGGACAAUCCCACACUCUUGUUGAGAACACCUGGAAGUCGGUUCAAAGAGCUUUAUGAGAAAUGA